AUGGCUGAGGAUAAACCCACUCCCCCGGAGGAGAACUACCACUUUUGGGAGAGCGAGGUGGAGCUGGUCAGGAAGAGGACCCUCGCACCAAAUGGAAAGAAAUUCAGAUACUUUGAUGACAAGGGCAUAUUUAACUUCGUGUUCUUCAUUUGGGUCUACAGAUGGGUUAAAGCAACUGCAGAGAAGUACUUGGACCCUUAUAUGCUCCAUCCUCUGCCCUUGGUUGAUCAGACAAUGCUCUGGUAUCCUGUAUUCUCAAAGCAUAUUAGUGAUGGAAUAGCUACUUUUGAGGCAUAUGAAGCCCUCAGCGAAGAUGAGAAGAAGAAAAUUCGGAAACCUAUAAAGUAUAUUCUAGGCAGAGCCAUAUUGUUAACGUUUUGGAGGAGGUUGCUAGCUAUACUAAUUAGCGUGAUAGUAAUGAACGCUGUUGGUAUGAGUGUUGCAUUAUCCCUUCACAUGUUACUGGAUUUAUUGUCUGAGGAGGGCUUUGGAGUUUUAUCAUUUUGCCUCCUCGCACUCGCUAUAAUCGCAAUAGAAUUGAUAAAGGAAAUUGGAACAGAUCAUAUUGAGUUCUAUGUAAGACGGUUAUCAUUCAUCAUAGAUUCUGUCCUUCGUAUUACUGUUUUCCAACAUGGAUUAUGCUACAGAAGAAGCCAGUUUGGACAUCUAUCUGACAAUCCUAGCUCCUGCAAGAGCAUUAUACAUGGGUGUUCUGGAGACACACUAUGUUCAGAGGAUCCGCUCUUGUGUCCUGCUAGACGCCACAAAAACAAUGAAGUAACCCCCAAAAUGUACACUCUUGUUCUGAAUGAUCCUUACUACAUUCCACUCUUUGUUGAAUGUCUAACCAAUUUAAUAGACUUUCUUACAACGUUUACCUAUGGGAUGAUCCUAAUUAGCAGUAAAUUCAGUAUGAAAAUAUUAACGAUCCUUAUUAUUUCACUAUCUCUCGUCGCUUGCAUGUUGGUUAUAGAAAUCGUAAACGGUCUUCUUAUGAGAUAUUACUUUGGAAUUAGGGAUCACAGGAUGACAAAGUCGUUUGAGGUCGUAUCUAGUUUUCCGUUGAUUAAUAAGAUGGCACUUGAUGAUGUUGCUCAUAAUACCAUAACGGAGGCUAGAGAUGAUGAGCUAGUCUUUGUCCUCAUCCGUUUCAUUAUAUCACUUGUUAAUAAGGUCAUAAUAACUUCAAUAAUGUGUGUGGAUGUCAUUAUCCUCAUCAAAGACUUCUCUGAAACAGUUGAGAGUUCGAAAGAUGUAGAGAAGAUAAGCUCAUCUGGAUUGCUAGCCUCCAUUUUUGUUCUCUUGAAAAUCCUAGACCCGUUGUAUUUAGUUCCUCUAAAGUUGAGAUUGUUAGUAUUCUCAAUGACCUCAUUUUUGAGAGUAGAACGUUUCUUCAGAACUUGUUCUCCAAACUUUUAUCUUCCGGAUAACAAGUUUACUGGGAAGACUACUCUGCCAGAGAUUGGGCCAGGUAAGGAUCAGACACUGCCAAAGGGCCUAGUGAUAAUGUUCAAGAAGGCCUCUUUUGCAUGGGUCAACAGUAGAAAGGAUCUUUUAGACCACACUGGUACCACCUGUCUUAGGAACCUUGACUUUGUCCUCAAUACUGGUGACCUUGCCAUAAUUACCGGUGCCCAAGGCUCUGGCAAGACCAACUUUGUCAAGGCUAUCCUUGGUGACAUGACUCUUGUUGAAGGAUCAAUGGCUGUAUUGCCUCUCUCUACUAACAUGCCAAUAUUCUAUGCUUCUCAGGACGUAUGGCUACAAAAGGGUACCAUCAUGUCUAACAUUACCUUUGGUCACAGAUUUGAUGAGAAGCUCUACAACACAGUCAUCAAAGCAGUUGAACUUGAACACGAUAUAUCCACUUGGGAAGGAGGUGACCUGCGUAAGAUUUCUGAACAUGGUUAUUCUCUCAGUGGAGGUCAGAGAGUCAGAGUUGGACUCGCUCGUGCCAUUUAUGCCUAUCUCAUCUUUAGCGAGACUAAUAGGGAGAGUGAAUCUGAACAUUCCCUCCUGGUAGUACUGGAUGAUUGUUUCACUGGUCUGGAUCCUUUUGUUGCAAGAACUAUCUUCAAGAACUUGUUUGAAAAGGGAAGAGGUCUACUCUCUGGUAGAGAUGUUGCCACAGUUCUAACGAUAUCCAAGCGUAUCUUGGACGCUUGCGUAUCAUCAGAAUCUCCGGAUUCAUACCCAGAUGCUCCAAUAUAUUUUCUGGAGCAUAAAACUCUUGUACAGAGAAAUAAGCUUAAAUCCCUAAUAGAACACGAAGUUGGUAAUCUUGAGCCUCCAAAGCCUUCUGAAGAUAAUAUGGGACUUCACACCAUGCCUAGCAAAUUACGUAGGAUAUGCAGCUCUAAUGACUAUACUCGUGAUGGACGAAAGAAGUCCACGGAGUUGAGAUACUCUAAUUCUCCCACAAUUCAAAGCGUAUACAAUAGAGUUAAUCGUAAAAUCGGCAUGAACGAAAAUUUUAAGGCAUACAGUGUCUACUUCCGUGCGGCCGGAUGGCCUAUCUUCUUCUUUGUUCUCCUUACCUUCAUAUUUUCAACCUUGGACAACACCAAGUUUAUUAUUGCUUCAAAAGUCUCUGAUUCGAUUAUUGAUUAUACAAAAGGUUCUAAUGGUGUGCCAGCCUCCGUGGAAGAUGUAAAGGAUUACAGCGCCAAAGCGACCAAAUGGGUUAUUAUUCUUUCAGUUUCAGUGAUGACUGGAGCUAUUUUUCGUAUAAUUGCUAUGGCAUCUGUUUCUUUUAAAGUUUCAAGGAGAAUUCAUGAGUACUGCAUAAACUCAAUAUUGAUAAACAGCUCAGCUGUAUUGAAGAUUAAAAAGUCCAUUGGUAGCGUUUUGACAUUCCUCUAUAUGGAUACAUUUUUCAUUGACAAUUUCCUGAGUUAUUUUAUCCACGACGCCUUCCUUUUGCUGAUUGAAUCUACUGUUAAUCUUAUUACGUUGUUUUUUUUGCUUCCAUGGUCUACCCCGCUUGCUCUUUUGCUUUGUCUCAUUAUUAUUCGGUGUAUUGUAUACUAUUAUGUAAAAUCGUGCAAGAAUGUAUAUUUCGCUCGUUUGGAGACAUUUAACCAAAUGGACUCUACAAUAGAAACGGCGAUAGUUGGUUUGUCUAUAUAUCGCAGUUUCAAGAAAGAAUGGAAAUUGAUACAUACGAUGGUGGAACACGUUGAUUACAAUAUAAGGUCUAAUUAUCUGAGCAAUUCUGCGCUCUUUUGGAGUUCCAUAACAUCUAGAUGCAUCUUUGCUCCUCUGGGUUUGUUUAUACUUAUUUUCCCUCCGCUUUUUUCUCAUGUGAAGGAAACACAGGUGAAAAUUGGCCACUACGCUAUGGCGUAUUCCAUAUUUCUCACUCUAAACACCUCGUUUGCAACCUUUCUCAGACUUUAUUGUUAUCUUGAACUUUACAUGGGAUCAAUUAGGAGGUUUGAGAACUUCGUUCCUCCUGAUACUAAGAUCAACUUUGAAGAAAAGAGGAAUAUCCAUCAGACAGAUCUUGUUGUUUACGAUUCCAGUUCUAAUGAAGGUGAUAAAACGACUGGUGGAGAUAUAAAGAGAUCUAUCACUUUAAAACGUCGCCAAGAGCAUGCCAAGAGAAGAGCUGUUCAUUGCACUAGUAUCAAGAUGCUCUUCUUUAGACACAAGGUUAAUGUGCUUGACGUGUCCAAGUAUGCAGUUCCAGGUACUACUAGGAUAAAGUUGGAUAAUGUUAGUGUACAUAUUUUUAACAAAAAAACCGGAGUGAAUUUUUCUAUUCUCAAGAAUGUUACAUGCUCAGCUGAUACCUCGGACAUUAUUGGAGUCAUUGGUAGAACUGGCGCAGGAAAGUCUACCUUAUUGUCAGUACUUCAAAAUUUGGCAAGGAAUAGAGAAGGUUCUGUUUUGCUUGAUGGCUGUGAUUUAAAUGAUAUGCCAAAGAAUGUGACUAGGCAGAUCAUCGGUGUCUUGCCUCAACUACCAUUUGUAUUCAGAGGAUGGACAGUGCGUAGGUUCAUUGAUCCAAGAAUGUUAUUUGAUGAUGCUGAUAUUAACACAGCCCUGGAUAAUUGUGGCUUGCUCAAGUUUGUUGAGAAAAUUCCGGGUGGUAAGGGCCUUGACACAGUCAUUAUACCUGACCAUUACCAUAAGGAUAUGCCAAGGUAUUACAAAAGGGUGUACUAUGGACCUACACUUAAACCUGAUGACUCUUCCUCUGUGGAUAAUGUGAACAUUGACCAUGGAUCAGCACUGUCCAACUCACAGUUACGUACACUAUCAGUGGCAAGACUAGUAUUGUACGGAGAAUUUUACAAGAUACUCUUGGUUGAUGAGCCUCCAGAGGAUGAUGUUGGAAUAUCCAAUACUGCAGAGGUUCCAAUAUAUGAUUUAAUCAAGACACACUUCCAGCAUUGUACAACAUUUAUCGCAGCACAUGAUGCAAGUGUAUUGGGUUUAUGUACAUCGGUUUGGGUCUUCCACAAAGGUUCUCUCAUUAGAACCUGCAAAACGGAGGAUAUCGUAGACAGUAGUUCACUAUCAAAAAUUGUAGAAGACUGCGUUACCACACACACUUAA